CCCCUGCAACCGAGUUGGCUCCCACAUGUCCCCUUCCCCUCAUAGCCCCCUCCAGGAUUAGGAGAAGCGGGUGAGAGAGGAGAUAAGGACCCGGCCUUCCGACCACGCUCCAGUCGCUUUGGGGCUCGGGACCUCUAUCAGCCUGGCAGCUUCGCCCACUGGCUUCCUGCCUCUGCCCCUGCCCCCACCGGGGGCCUGGGUGCUUGGCAGAGAGACGGCCGGAGUGGGGAGAAGCGACCGGGCUGCUGACACGGUGGGAACCGAUGAGGGAACUGAAGCCAAGAGAAGUGAAGUGAGCCUGAGGGGAGGGAACCCCUCUCCGUCAGCCCCCAGGCUCCAUGCCGCCCCAUCUCCUCUUCUUCCUCCUUAUGCUGCCCCUGCCCAUGAGGCCCCAGGAGUGCGGGGCCGUUUGCCUCAGCGAGAAGAUCCAUCACUCAGACAAGCUGGAAACCACCUGCCGGGGCCUGGGGCUCCGGGCCGUGCCCACCAACCUGCCCGCGGCCACGGGCAUCCUCGACUUGGCGGAAAACCAGUUGUCCCACGUCUCCACCGCCAGCCUCGCCCACCUGCAGCAGCUCACCCAACUCGACCUCUCCGGGAACGGUCUCCACACCCUGGACACUAAGUACCGGCUGCCCACCCUCCUGCAGCUCAACCUGGCCAACAAUUCCCUGGAGGCCCUACCUGCUCUGAGCGGCCUCCUCAACCUCACCGACCUCGACCUCUCCUUCAACUCCCUGCGGACCCUGCCCGAGGGGGCGUUCGCCGGCCUCGGCAACCUGGAGCGCCUGAACCUGGCGGUCAACAGGCUGCAGGGGCUCCCGGAAGGCCUCUUACGGCCCACGCCCAAGCUCAAGACGCUCGACCUUGCCCACAACCAGCUGGAGGCUCUUCCCGGACUCCUCCUGGAGUCCCUGAGGGACCUAGAGGACCUCAUGCUGCAGGAGAAUCGGCUCCGGUACCUGGUCAACGGCUUCUUCUCCAGCAAUAUUAUCCUGCCCUAUGUCUUCCUCCACGAUAACCCUUGGUACUGCGACUGCAACAUCUCCUACCUGGCCCGCUGGCUGCGGGACAACGAGGGAAACGUCUACCGGAAGGACAAAGGGAAAUUGGUCAGGGAGUCGCUCACGCCCAACGUGGACAGCGUGCAGUGUGCCGCCGGGGACCUGGUGCCCAAGGGUACGCCCGUCUACAGGUUCAAGGCCCACUGCCUGGUCGGGGGCGACACGGACUACGAUUUGGAUUACGGGGACGCAUACGAGGACUCGGCCAAGGACUCCACCAUGAUCACAUCCCGGGCCGAGUUGCGGUCAGGGACCUCGUGGCUUUGGAUGUCCCCAGUCCCGUCUACACCCGUCAUUGGGUCGUCCUCCGUGGAAAACGCUGGGGUCCGGAUGAUCACGGAAGUCGCCACGGUACCAGCCAAAGUUCCGUUAACCAUGGGAUCCAGCGUGGUCCCGAUAAGCCCGAAGAGUGCCGGGGUCCUCGCAGCUACGGAAACCACCACGGAAUCCGCCCUGUCGAUCACGCGAGUCACUCUGGUCUCAGCGGUCACGGGAUCCACCAUGGAGCCCAGCGGGGCCCCGACCACCACGGAAGCCAACGUCAUUACCAUCAACACCACCAUCCUGGCCCCUGACACCACCCUCACCACCGUGGCCCUCCAAUCCACCACCGUGGGCUCUGCCACCCUGGUGCCAGCCGCUUUCCCGAACACCUCAGAGCCCACCCCUUCCCCAACUUCCCAACCACUUACAACGUCCUCCUCCAUCACGAAACCCAGCCCCAUGGCUCCAUCGACCCCACGAUCCACCAUCAAAAACUCUACCACCGUAGCACCCGUCACUUUGCUGAUCACCUCAGGGCCUCCCUCUUCUUCAACCUCCUCACAAUUCAUAGCGGCCCCCCCCACCACAAAACCCCCCACGUCCCCGGGCACCAUGGAACCCAGUCCAAACCCUACGCUCUCCACCUCCAGCCCGCACCCCCAACCUCAGACCACGUCGCCCCAAGUCUCCUCCCCAAAGGUCACCCCCACCCCUCCCACCUCUGCCCCUCCCGGGACCAGUGAAGUGAUCCCUUUCCCGACCUCUUCUGAGUUUCAUUUCUAUGAGGUGAUGGCACUGGAAAGAAAGAGGCAGGGCCCAGGCUCCCCCCUUUUGGUGUCCUGUUGCCUCUUCUCCCUGGUAUUGUACCUCCUGGGGGUGGCAUUAAUCCUGGGCUCCCUGGUUGCCCUGGCACUGACCGUGGCCCGCACCCAUCCGCCUCCGCUCAUGAGCCCACCAUCCACGCCCCACCUGUUGCGGUCCCGGCCAUCCAGCGAGGGGGCCCCGUCCCCACCCACCUUCCGGGCCGGCGUCCUCCUGCCACUGGGCAAGUGGGUGACCGUGCCCCGGGCCUGGUUCCUCCAGCUCCUGGCCCCGCUGCCGACCUUCAGGUCCAGCCUCUUCCUCUGGUUCCGCGGGGGCGUAUGGGUGGUGCCCCGCCCAUUGGGCAGGAGGCCUUCGGUGCUCAGCGUGGAUCGUGGCUCGGAUCUCCUUGGGGGGGUCAAGAUCAAGUAUGCCAAUCACAGCCUGUGAGGACCACACCGCCAUCCCCCACCGUCCCCUGACACACACGCUCCCCCAACCCCACCCUGCUUGCCCACCCCAACUCCAUCUCAGCCCAGGGGGUGGAAAGGGGCCGGGCCCAACGGAAACCAUAGAAAUGGGGUACCGGCGAGCCCCGGAUCUCGAGCCCGGAAUGCCCAGCUGCUGAACCCUGCUUUUUAUCCCUGCUUCCCUGCCUCCCAGAAUCCCCCUACAGGUGCCUGGAAGCUUGGGAAUUUGGCCAAACUGGUUAACUAAACUUGGUCAUCUCCUUUGGCCCAAUAUGAAACUUGGCCUGACCUCUCCACGCCUCUCCCACACCCAGGGUCGGGACGGAGAGCGGUCAGCCUCUGGAAGAGUUGGAAUGGGAAUAAAAUAAACGGAAAUUCUGUCCCUGUC